UAAAGCAGCAGCAGAAGUCGUCUGUCUCCGGUUCAGACCAGACGUCAGAGGACGACUUUGUGUCUCCGCCCAGAGCCGGAAACAAACCUCUCCACAAGGACGUCCGCAGACCCUGCUGUGCGCCGAGGUCGACGCCCGACACGAGGCGGGGCCUCAACAGGACGUCGUGGCUCGUCGCCAGCAACAACCUGAUGGAGGAUCUGAGGGAGAAGGAGCGAGAGAAGUGGAGGGCGUUCAGAGAGAAGAAGACGGCCAACAGGUCGGCCGUCCUGCAGCUCCGACUGAGGAAACCCAAAGCAGCAGAACCCAUCGUGCUGUCGAGCGAAGAGGAAGAGGAGGGUGAGGACGACGCAGACGGAGGGAAGAGGACGUUACAGAGCAGCAGCCUGCUGGACGAAUCCCAUCUAGGAAAGCCAGAGCGGAUGCAGGGUCAGCGGGCUUGUUCUUCUAAAGGUGAAGUAGACGGGUUUAAGCCGGCGCCACCUUCCUUCCUGCAGCUGAACUUCGCCUCGCUUCAUGCCGGCCUGACGCACGCUGACGCGAGCGGGGAGAUGAUGAUCACUGAACAUGGCUUCAUUAUUCCUCUGAAAGGAGUUGAGGAGGGGCAGGUCUCUGUGGUGGCGUCCCAGAUUCGGGGCUAUGGCGUUUGGGACGGGGGCGUGGCUCAGGGCGGGGGUUUGUUGGCUGGUUGGAAAGGUCCCGCCCCCUCGCUGAUCUUCCUGUGGGUGACCGACGCUCAGGCCACCCUGCUGCAGACGGAGCUGUCGGCCAUCCGGACCUCCACCGCCGCUUCAGGCCCGGUGUGCUCCUUCCUCCUGCUGGUGCUGAAGGAGCAGCUGCAGGAGCUGCAGGCCGCCCUGCUGGCCUCCAUCCUGGACAUGGAGGAGUACAAGAAGGCCUCCUCCUCCUCCAGUGGGCCCACCUCCCCUCUGGAGUGGACCGACGGGCUGCUGCUCCUCCACAGCUGUCCUCCUCCUCUGGACCAGCACCUCCUCGGCCUGCUGGGACACUCGGUGGAGAAAUCCAGUCCCGUGAGAAAGUCCAACCUCAGAUCCUCUGCUCUGCAGCAGCUUCCCACCAGGUUGAUCCAGUACCCGGCGGCGCCCUGUAAAGGUCGGAUCACGGUGACGAAGGAGGACCUGGCCUGCCUGGCCAGCGGCGAGUUCCUCAACGACGUCAUCAUCGACUUCUACCUCAAGUAUCUCCUCCUGGAGGGAGUCGGGGGCUCGGCGGCCGAGCGGAGUCACGUCUUCAGCAGCUUCUUCUACAAACAGCUGAGCAGACGGAGAGCGGCCGGAGAGGACGCCGCCCCCUCCGUCCCCGAUCGUCACAUGAGGCAUCAGAGGGUAAAGACGUGGACCCGCCAUGUCGACAUUUUCACCAAAGACUUCCUGUUUGUGCCUGUCAAUCAAGAUGCUCACUGGUACCUGGUCGUGGUUUGUUUCCCGGGUCUGGAGGAGGUUCAGCACGAGGAGUUUCAGCGCCCGACAGGUGGAUCAGAGCGAGCUGCAGGAAAUCCAUCCAUCAGUCUGAGACCACAGCAGCCGCCGGAGUGCACUCAGCAGGGCUGGCAGAGGGACACUGUGUUAAAGAGGCCGUGUAUACUCGUCAUGGACUCGCUGAAGCUGUCGUACCACGAGAAUGUCGUCUGCAGACUCGUCAGAGACUACCUGCAGGUGGAGUGGGAGGUGCGGAGAGGGACGCCACGCCUCUUCACGUCAGACAGCAUGAGGAGCUUCAGCUGCAAAGUUCCUCAGCAGGACAACAGCAGCGACUGCGGCCUGUACCUGCUGCAGUACGCCGAGAGCUUCCUGCAGAACCCCGUGGUGCACUUCGACCCUCCGUUACGGUUGGACAGCUGGUUUCCGCGGCAGCGAGUGCGACAGAAGCGCGAGGAGAUCCGCAGUCUGAUAAUGAGGAUGCACCAGAGCAACGACAGCUGAAACCCAGGGACCAAAAAACACGGCACACUGAGCCGUUAAUUGACCUGUGCAAUAAAUAAUUUAUAUUUUUUCUACGUUGUUAAUGAUUUUACUUGGCUGUCAAAGAAUUUAAAAUGUUAUAAUAAAAUUUCUUACAAAAAAA